AGCGUGGCAGGGGUGGUGGAGAGCCUCAAGAUCAUCACCGCCGGCCGCUCUCGCCGCAUCGCCCACUACGCCUUCGGGCUGGCCCGGGCGGCCUCGCGGCGCUGCGUCACCGCCGUGCACAAGGCCAACAUCAUGGGGUCCUGGGGGGGUUCUGGAGGAGCCCGGGCGGCCUCGCGGCGCUGCGUCACCGCCGUGCACAAGGCCAACAUCAUGAAGUUGGCGGACGGGCUGUUCCUGCAGUGCUGUCAGGAGGUGGCUGCCGAGUACCCCGAGAUCACCUUCCAGAACAUGAUCGUGGACAACACCACCAUGCAGCUGGUGUCGCGGCCCCAGCAGUUCGACGUGAUGGUGAUGCCGAACCUUUACGGCAACAUCGUCAACAACGUCUGCGCCGGCCUCGUGGGGGGGCCCGGCCUCGUCCCGGGGGCCAACUACGGGCACGACUACGCCGUGUUCGAGACCGCCACGCGGAACACGGGCAAGAGCAUCGCCAACCGCAACAUCGCCAACCCCACGGCCGCCCUGCUCGCCGCCUGCAUGAUGCUGGACCACCUAAGGCUGCACAGCCACGCCUCCACCAUCCGCCAGGCCGUGCUGGCCUCGCUGGACGACCCCAGGACGCACACGCCCGACAUCGGGGGCCAGGGCACGACCUCGGGGGCCGUGCAGAGCAUCAUCUCCCACCUGCCACGGGCCUGAGACCGGCACACCGACCCCCUGGGACACUGCAGGACACCCCCAGCACCCUGACACACCCCUGGGAUACUCCAGGACACCCCCAGCACCCUGACACACCCCUGGGAUCCUGGGACACCCACCCCAGGACACCCCCAGCACCCUGACACACCCCUGGGAUACUCCAGGACACCCCCAGCACCCUGACACACCCCUGGGAUACUCCAGGACACCCCCAGCACCCUGACACACCCCUGGGAUCCUGGGACACUCCAGGACAUCCCCAGACCACCCCUGGACACCCCUGGGAUCCUGGGACACCUCAGGACACCCCCAGACCACCCCAGGACACCCCCAGCACCCUGACACACCCCUGG